GCCGGGAAUAAGGUAGGUGCUGACGGGUAGGCGGGCCGCGCAGGCGCAGGGAGUACCGGCCACGCCAGCUAAGGACUCUGGGCGGAAGCUUCGGGCCUGGGAGGGCUGUGGGACUGAUGUUUGCAGUGACAUCCCUGAAAGGAACAUGGCAGCGGCUGAGGAACUGGCCUUCCACGAAUUUGAAGAAGCCACUAAUCUUCUGACAGAGACCCCAGAUGCAGUCACCACCAUCCGAAGUGAUCAGCUGGCCUCCCGGGAGCAUGUGUCUGUGGUUGUGGGAUCCAGUGUCAGCUAUGGAGCUGAAGAGCUGCAGGAGGAGGGUGACAAGACAGCGCUUCUACAGGAAGAAAAACCUCAGCCUGGAUUCUGGACCUUUGACUAUUAUCAGAGCUUCUUUGAUGUGGACACUGCCCAGGUCCUGGACCGGAUCAAAGGCUCACUACUGCCCCGCCCUGGCCAUAACUUUGUACAGCACCAUCUUCGAAAUAGGCCCGACCUAUAUGGCCCCUUCUGGAUCUGUGCCACCCUGGCAUUUGUCCUGGCGGUCACUGGCAACCUGACUCUGGUGCUGGCCCAGAGGCAGGACCCCUCUAUCCACUACAGCCCCCAGUUCCACAAGGUGACUGUGGCAGGCAUCACCAUCUACUGCUAUGCAUGGCUGGUGCCCCUGGCACUGUGGGGCUUCCUGAGGUGGCGCCAGGGCAUGCGGGAGCAUAUGGGGCCUUACUCCUUCCUACAGACUGUGUGUGUCUAUGGCUACUCCCUCUUCAUCUUCAUCCCCACUGUGGUCCUGUGGCUCAUCCCAGUGCAGUGGCUGCAAUGGCUUUUUGGAGCACUGGCCCUGACCUUGUCAGCUGCCGGGCUAGUAUUCACUCUGUGGCCUGUCGUCCAAGAGGACACGAGGCCGGUGGCCACAGCACUGUUGUCCACGGUGGUGCUGCUCCAUGCCCUUCUGGCGCUAGGCUGUAAGAUGUACUUCUUCCAGCCGCUGCCUUUGCAGCAUGUGGUACCUGCAUCCCAAGGCACAUCUCUGUCCCCCAACAACCAGCUACUGCUCACCCCAACUUGGUCCAUAGCAACCUCCUAGGAAGGCCAGGCCUGCAGGCUAAGUGAAGGAGGUGAUACCUGUUCUGUCCUCCCUGUGAAGACUGAAGGACCCUGGACCCCUGGAGACCACUCUACUGCUUUCCAGACUUUUCUUACAAAGCAAACACUUUAUUUUCUAUGCAAAGGUGAUCCAGAGAAUUUAUAUAAAGGCAAGGGAGGGACAGCUGAGCAGGGAGCUUCACCGAGGGACAGGACAGGUCCCCCAGCUUGCCUGCAGGCCCUAUUUCCCUGACAGGUGGCCCCAGCCACCACCAAGGAUACCUGUGACAGGUAUAGGCCCAGCCUGAGCUCUGGCCUCUGAGGUGGGGAAUGCCAGGGUGUGGGAGUGGGAGACUGCCUAUGCUGACACGCCUCCUUGCUUGUUUGCUUUCCUAUUCUGUCUGGAGGGAGAGGUCCCUGUCAGGCCCCUCCCCAGGGAUGCUGUGGGGGGAGGAGGGAGUGGAGCCAAGUGGAGGGGACACAAGCCUAUGUUAGCUACCAGGACAAGACACCUUCAGUGACAGAGCCUUGAAGUUUCUGUCUGCUCCAGCACCCUGGGUGGCUUUUCUUCCAGGCUGCCUGUACCAGCUUUUGGUGGAGGGGUUGGGGCUGAAGGGUCUCAGGAUAGGACAGCGGCAGGAAGCAGGGGCUGGAGGCCUGCAGACAGCUGGGUGGGUUGUACAUUCAAGUGUGAGGUGAACCCUUUGGUGGGAGGGGGCCACACCCAUCCUGAAGGCUCGGCAAGGCCACCCCUUACCCCAAGACUCUCAGCCUAGGGACAGGGGUUGCUGGCUGGGCCCGGCCGGCCGGGUUUCUCAGAGGGUCUGUGAAUUGACACUGGU